GCAGGUGUGUUGAUAUGCACAUUUGCCAUUGCAAAAGCAAGUCCAAGCCUCCUUAGUCGCAGGCUACCUUUUUAAUAUUGAGUAAUGUUAGGUUGAGAGAACGAGGAAAAUGAAAAUAAUUUAGUUAUUAUUUUGAUUUUAGUUUUAUUUAUUUCAUUUUUAAAUCAACAUAUUUACUAUAUAAUCAACAUUUCAUUUCAUUUUAUUUAAACUCCAAUUUUAGAAGUUAUUUCUUUUACAAACAUAAUUUUAAAAAUAAAAAUAAUAGUUUCGUACCCUCAAUAAAAUGUUAAUUUUAAAUUUUUUAAUCGAAAUCUUUCCCUUUGAAGGGAGGGACAAUAUCUCGGAUUUAUCGUUGCUUCGUCUCGUCGUUGCUCUGAUUCGGAACCCAUUUUCUGUGUUCCAAUCUCUGCAUUCGCCAUUCCAUCUUUCAGAUCAGCAUAGUCGGGGUAGAUAUGGCAGUCAUUUCGACAAUGAUGACUAAGCAGCAUCUGCUGACCUACAUCUACCUUCUAGUUUAUGUUUCGCUUUCAUCAGGGGUUAUUCUGUACAACAAGUGGGUUCUCUCCACGUUGUACUUUAAUUUUCCAUUUCCAAUAACACUCACUAUGAUCCAUAUGGCCUUUUCUGGUGCGGUGGCCUUUUUGCUUAUCCGCGUUCUGAAGGUUGUGUCACCCAUUAAAAUGACAUUUAAUAUAUAUGCUACUUGUGUGGUCCCUAUAAGUGCCUUCUUUGCAGCUAGUUUGUGGUUUGGCAAUACUGCUUAUUUGUACAUUUCUGUGGCCUUCAUCCAGAUGCUUAAAGCACUGAUGCCAGUGGCAACAUUUCUCGUGGCUGUUAUUUGUGGAACUGAGAAAUUGAGGUGUGACGUAUUCUGGAACAUGGUGCUGGUCAGUGUUGGAGUUGUAAUAUCCUCCUAUGGGGAAAUUCAUUUUAAUGUACUUGGUACAGUUUAUCAGGUCACAGGAAUAAUUGCUGAAGCGUUGAGGCUGGUUUUAACUCAGGUUCUUCUUCAAAAGAAGGGCUUGACUCUAAAUCCCAUUACCAGCUUGUAUUACAUAGCACCCUGCAGCUUUGUAUUUCUUUUUAUCCCAUGGUAUAUCCUUGAGAAGCCUGAGAUGGAAGAUCCACACAUGCAGUUUAACUUCUGGAUAUUUUUCUCAAAUGCUCUUUGCGCUUUGGCGUUGAAUCUUUCAACAUUCUUAGUGAUUGGUAGAACUGGGGCAGUAACUAUUAGAGUGGCUGGAGUUUUGAAAGACUGGAUACUUAUCUCUCUUUCAACUGUCUUAUUUCCUGAAUCAAAGAUUACUGGGCUUAAUAUUAUUGGCUAUGCUAUUGCUUUAAGUGGUGUUGUUUUUUACAACUACCUGAAGGUCAGGGAUGUUCGUACAUCUCAACUUCAAAAUAGCCAAGAUGAAUCAGCAAAGGAGUUGUUGAUGGAUAAAAAAGCUGAUGAUGAUGUGGGUAACAUCGAGGAAACUUUGUGGAAUGAUUCAGUUACUGACACUCAUUUGGAUGAAGAAGCACCCUUAAUGUCUUCUUCACGGAUAUCUCAUUUUGGAAGAAAGCCAGCUUAGUGGCAAUCUAGCUUAGAGGCUAAGAACAUCUCCUAUUGGAAGAAGCCAGCUUAGCAGCAAUCUAGCUUUUAGAGACAAUGCUUACAGGAACCAAAUCAAAGUAUCUGUCUUAACCUUUCUUCCCAAAAGGAACACAACGCCUCCUUCCAAAAGAGGAGGGAAAGAACAGAAAGAGAAAGAAAACAGCGGAGGAAACAUAGAUAUUCUUUUGGCAGAGUUGAUUACUUUCAAGUUAAAAGUACUAAUCAAUUCAUUCUUGUAUAGGCUAGGCUUGACCAUGCAGUGAAGGUUCUUCUUCCAAAUUGACCUCUUAUAACUCUGAUUGAUGAUUCUUGAAUUACAAGUGUAGUCAAUAUUCCUAUUUUUAACUUUUUUUCUCGACUGAUGCUAACUAUUGAUUUAAAUUUAGUUAAAAUUUGGAAUUGAUAUUGUUCGACAACUGCUGUGGCUCAAUUAUCUUUUACUGUAACCAACUA